GAACGGACAAGAUAUAAUCUCUAAACCUUUCAACAUAAAACCCUAGAAAUAUAUAUCGUCUUCCUCUCGCACACACACACCCUUUUUCUCUUUGAAAACCCUAAAUUUGCCGAACUUCUGCAAAACUCUAUUUUCAGCUUCCCACAAAUCUAAAAUCAGAAUGAAGAUUGUUUGCGCUUAUCUUUUGGCUGCUUUGGGAGGCAAAUCUAGCCCUACCGUUGAUGAUGUGAAACAUAUUCUUUCAUCAGUGGGUAUUGAGGCUGAUGAAGACAGACUGAAGUUGUUUUUCGCCGAAGUUUCUGGAAAGGAUCUCGCAGAAUUAAUUGCUGCUGGAAGAGAAAAGCUUGCCACUGUCCCCUCUGGUGGCGGUGGAGUUGCGGCUGCAGCUGCUCCUGGUGCUGGUGGUGGUGCCGCUGCUGCUGCUGAGGCUCCUAAAGAGGAGAAGGUUGAAGAGAAAGAGGAAUCCGAUGAUGAUAUGGGUUUCAGUCUCUUCGAUUAAGUGGGAAGAAACCGUGCUUUACAGGAAGUCAUCUUUUAUUAAAUGUAGCGCAAGUUUUGUUUACUAUUUGGAGAUGUCCUAGAUUUUACUUGGAGAUUGUACAAUCUUCUUUUGUCUAUGUGUGUGUCGAGGGAUUGGCAGACUAUGUUAAUUAGUUGUCAUGUUGGAUUGUGUUAAGUAGUGAAUGAUCCAAUAUAUUAAUAUACUUUUGGCAUCCUUUGCAUUUUCCUCUAA